UUGAUAAAUUAGAAGCCUCGCUUUCCCUCUCGAUUCUCGACGCUCUCGUUCCAUUCCAUUCCAUUCCAUUCCAUAUGGUGUACCCUCUUUCUCCCGGGAAAGACGAAAAGCACGGAGAAAGAGGAAGCGGAGAUACAACGUCGACAAAGAGAAGGAGGCGGCUGCAAAAGCAAUUGUUUUUGCUAGUCAUUUGAAGGAUCGAUCGGGAUUUCCCGAAUUUUUAUCUGCACAUUAUCGAAAUGGCUCUUCUCGGAUCCAUCAUCCCAAGUGAGAGUCUGGUCUCAUUUUUUACAAUUAUUUGGAAUGCAGUGGAUUCUGCCUAAAGACCUCCAUCAUCUAAUGGCCAUUGGUCUUCUAAAAGACUCAGCAAAAGGGGUGCAUAUCUUUGGUCCUAGGCUUUUACCUUAUGCUGGAACAUAUGGCUUGAAAGGAGUAGGUGUUUUUUGACAGGAUUUUGAUGUAAGGCAUUAUAGAAGCUGUGAUGUGGCRGGUUGAAAGGCAUAUCAUUAGAUGGGCUGGUAUUCAGCAGGAUUUUGUUGGAUCCAAAUUUCAAGAUGUUGGGUUGCGGUUGCUCCUUUGCCCAUUUGGUUCUAAUGUUGUUAUCCGAACAGCUUGCUGUACUGUAGGUGUUGUUUUACCUGUAUACUCUACAUUCAAGGCUAUUGAGACGAAAGAUCAGAAUGAGCGACAAAAGUGGCUGUUAUACUGGGCAGCAUAUGGAUCUUUCAGCCUUGUGGAAGUUUUUACAGAUAAAAUUGUCUCCUGGGUUCCAUUGUACUACCACAUGAAGUUUGCAUUUCUUGUUUGGCUCCAACUGCCAUCUACUGAUGGGGCAAGACAUUUGUAUAUGAACCAUCUACGUCCAUUCCUCUUGAGGCAUCAAGCUAGAGUUGACCAUAUGGUGGACCUUGCAUAUGGUGAAAUUGUCAAAUUCGUUAUCACACACCAUGCAGAAAUCGAGUUUGCGAGAACAUUGCUGAUGAAGUUCCUUGCAGUAGUGAACAAGAUGAGGACGGACGUUGAUACCAUGAGGCCAGAAAGUGACGGCAUGGAUGUAGGCCCCAGAAGACAAAUCGAAGGUCCACAUUCAGAUCAUGAUGACUGAUGCCCCUUUUUAUUGACAGGUGACAUAGUUUCCUUCCUACCUGGGUUCAAGAAGCCACUUUGAUACAUUAAUAUGUGGAUGUGAAGGUUCCCUGGGCUCAUAUAAGAUAUUAUGUUGUGUUCUCUAAUUUGUCAAUCAUUGCUUGUUAUGUAAAGUUUAGGUUGUCUUGCUUUCAUGUGGUUGUACAGGUUCAGUUGUAAGGUCCUCUGUGAUUCACUCAUUUUUUUUUUUUUUAAUUGUAAAGUCUCUCCUUAAAAGGAAAAUCCAAAUUUAAGGUUAUUACUUACCAGGCAAAAAUUGAACCAGUAGUUCCUCUUAUUGUUGGGCUAA